UCGACGGCCCUUGGCGCUCUCGGUGAGAGGCGGCGGCGGCGGAAGAACUGAGCGCGAAGACGACGACAACAACGGCGACCACCCCGUCCUCCCACAAACCCCUCCCUGAAGAUGUUCUCGAGGAGGGGUCACGCCGAUGUCAAGAAGUCCACCCAGAAAGCGCUGGACCCGCGGAAGGACGUCCUGACUCGCCUCAAGCACCUCAGGGCGCUGAUGGAUGCUGUGGAUGGAAGUGAACUUAAACAGUUUUUUGAGAUUAAUUAUUCUCAAAUUUAUUUUAUCUUCUAUGAAAAUUUCAUAAUACUGGAAAAUAACUUGAAACAAAAAGGGAAUAAAUCUCAAAGGGAGGAGCUGGACUCCAUUCUCUUUCUUUUUGAAAGAAUAUUACAACUACUACCAGAAAGGAUCUUCUAUCGUUGGCAUUUUCAUAGCAUAGGGUCAGUUUUGAAGAAACUUUUGCACACUGGGAACUGUCUUAAGAUACGAUGUGAAGGAAUCCGAUUAUUUCUUCUCUGGCUGCAAGCUCUCCAGACAAAUUGUGCUGAAGAGCAACUGUUAAUUUUUGCUUGCCUUGUGCCUGGUUUCCCUGCAGUGAUGUCCUCAAGUGGUCCGUGUACACUGGAUACACUCAUUAUCCCUCCUUGCAGUCUUCCAUAUGCAAAGAUUUAUCCCGAGGAAAUAACUCCACUUUUACCACAGGCUUCUGGUGAAAAGACUGCAGAGGAUCCAACUUGUUACUUCCUUCAGAUAGUGUUAAAAUAUAUGGUAAUCCAGGCUGCAAGCUUGGAAUGGAAGAAUAAGGACCACCGUGAUAUUGGGUUUAAGUUUCUCUUUGCCUUGUUCCGAAAGUAUUACCUUCCUCAUUUAUUUCCCUCUUUUGCAAAAUUAACCAACCUCUACAAACCUGUGCUUGACCUCCCUGGCCUGCGACCCAAACCAGUGUAUGUCAGUGCAACUCAUAACAAUGAAAACAUUUAUAGCACAAAAAUACCGUACAUGACUGCUCGUGUUGCCUUUAUUAAAUGGCUUGUAAACUUUUUUCUGGAAAAGAAGUACUUUACAGCAAUACAGAAUUCUAAAAAUGGAGGGGAAGUUUUGCCCCGAAUCAUUCAAACUGUGGGUGGUCCAGUGCAAGAUAAAAAUCCUGAAGGAGAGAACAGUGCCCUAUCAGAUCAGGAGAAAAGCCAUUCAAACAAUAGCGUAUUGUCUGAGAGAAGGCUCAGUGAUUCCAGCUUUUGCAGCAUUGAAGAGCAACACCGGGCAGUGUAUGAAAUUGUGCAGCAAACCCUUUUGUCUACACGAGGUUAUGUCAAUUUUGUCAAUGAAGUAUUUCGUCAGGCUUUUUUACUGCCUUCUUCAGAGAUAUCUUCAACUGAAAAGGUAGUGGAAGUGUAUCGGAAAUGGAUUCUGCAAGAGAAGCCUGUGUUCAUGGAAGAGCCAGAUGUGAAGGAAAAUGCUCAAGAUGAUAAUGGCAUCCCAGAUCAUUCAACAACAGAGACAGAUGGCAAACAUCUUACAUCUGGCCACUCUGGACAUAGAAGGUCCUCCAGUUGGGGAAGAACUUACUCCUUCUCUAGUGCUGUUAACAGAGGAUGUAUACUGGAAGAUGAAAACAAGAAUGUUAAAGCAGGUCUUCAAGCUACACUACAGGUAUUCUUGACCAGCUCUGCAAAUGUAUUUUUAUUGGAACCAUGUACGGAGAUACCAGCACUCCUGAAGGAGCAAGUGGUUGCUUGCAGAGCAGUUCUGAGCAUAUACAGGCACAUGAUAAUGCAACUUCCAAUGAACAAAAAGACCUGGGAGCAAAUGCUACAAAUACUCCUCAGGAUCACAGAAACUGUUAUGAGCAAAUCCAAAGAUAACCAAAUAAAGGAUAUGUUUGCUCAGUGUUUGGCAGGAUUACUAUUCCGGACUCUCAUUGUGGCUUGGAUCCGAGCUAACCUGAGUGUUUAUAUUUCUCGAGAGCUUUGGGAUGAAUUGCUACGUGUGCUGUCAUCUCUUACGAACUGGAAAGAGCUCAUAGUGGAAUGGGCUAACAUAAUGGAUUCCUUAACAUCCGUUUUAGCAAGAACAGUAUAUGGUGUUGAAAUGACCAAUUUGCCACUGGAUAAGCUCAGUGAGCAAAAAGAAAAAAUACAAAGAGGAAAAGGUGGCAUUUUGGAACCUCAGAAGGGAGCUGCAGUUGGAAGAUCAUUUUCUUUAAGCUGGAGGAACCAUCCUGAAGUUGUGGAACCAAUGAGGUUUAGGAGUGCUACUACCUCAGGAGUACCAGGAGUUGAGAAAGCGAGGAAUAUAGUGCGCCAGAGAGCAACAGCUAAGCGAAGCCAGUCUAUCAGCAACUGUGCUCAUCUCUGUGAGGCUUUGCCAGUCACUAAAAGUGUACCUCUUCUCCUUCACACUGUGAGCUCUAUCUUACCUGGUAUCUCUUAUACUUCUUACUCUCACACUCUUUCAGAAGCGGAAGAAUAUCAGCAAUCAGAAAAUGGAGCUGAAUACUAUCAACAGGGAUAUUUAUCAGCAACAGACUGCAAUGGUUCAUUUUUGGACCAGGAACAAUUAACUCGAAGCAGUAGCACCUCAGAUAUUCGAGACCAAUGCAAUGCUGAUGUUUUUCAAGUUAGAAAAACGGAAAGCUCACAGAAUUUAACUUCAGAAACUAAAGGGAUUAUCAGCAAGGACAGUACAGUGGAAGAAGCAAGCAAUACUUCCACUGAAUUAGAUCUCAGAACAGACAUGCAGCAGUCACACGGAAGUCACAUAGAUAAAGAAAAGAGUGAAAGUAUUUGCAGUGAUACCUCUAUUGGAUACAAUAAUGACGUAGACAUCACUUUGGCUCCCUGGCAAGCAUGUGAGGAAAACCAAGAUGUCAACAUGCCAAGUGAUAUUUCUGUUGAUCCAGAUGCACGCCACUGGUUGCACCUGAAUCCUUCAAAUGCUACCAAUUUAACAGACAGUAGUGAAUUCCUUGCUGAUGAUUGCAGCAUAAUUGCUGGUGGGAAUCUCAUAGGCUGGCACCCUGACUCCGCUGCAGUAUUAUGGCGAAGAAUAUUGGGAAUUCUUGGAGAUGUGAACAACAUCCAGUCUCCUAAAAUACAUGCCAGAGUUUUUGAGUAUCUCUUUGAACUAUGGUACAAAUUAGCAAAGAUAAGAGACAAUCUUGCUAUCAGUCUGGAUAACCAAUCCACUCCCUCACCUCCUAUUUUAAUUCCACCACUCAGAAUAUUUGCAUCAUGGUUGUUCAAGGCUACAACUUUGCCGGAUGAAUAUAAGGAAGGGAAGCUUCACGCAUACAAACUGAUAUGUGCUAUGAUGACAAGGCGCCAAGAUUUUGUGCCAAAUCCGGACUACCUAGUGCAUUUUUAUCUUGUUAUGCACAUUGGCUUAACUAGUAAAGAUCAGGAUGUUUUAAAUACUAUCAUAAGGCACUGCCCCUCCUGCUUUUUUUUCCUGAGCUUACCUGGCUUCACGUUGCUAAUAGGAGACUUCAUAACAGCUGCAGCCAGAGUUCUGAGUACAAACAUGUUGGAGGCCCCCCGCUUAGAAGCACAUACCAUUCUUGGUUCUCUGGUUUGCUUUCCUAAUCUCUAUCAAGAAAUCUCAGUGUUGCAACCUGUUGUUGAAGCAGAAAUCAUCACUGGAACUGCAGAUGUCAAAUGUUACCUCAUAAAUAUUCUUUUGAAGAAUGCCACAGAUGAACCCAAUGAAGCUUCAAGGUGUUUAGCUCUUUGCUGUCUUGGGCUUUGGAUAUGUGAAGAACUAGUGCAAUGUACAAACCACCCCCAAGUAAAGGAUGCAAUAAAUGUUUUAGGUGUGACACUAAAGUUUACUAACAAGCAGAUAGCACAGGAAGCAUGUGAUGUCUUUCAGUUGCUGACGUCUUACUGGGAAAAUAUUCAGAAAUACAAAUCUUCUUUACCCAGAACAAUUAUUGAAAUACUUGUUGCUACCAUUGCAUUUCUGUUGCCUAGUGCUGAGUACUCCUCUGUGGAAAGCGAUAAAAAGUUUAUAGUUUCAUUAUUACUUUGCUUGUUGGACUGGUGCAUGAUAUUACCGGUGAAAAUGCUGCUGGAGCCUGUACUUACUUCCAGUUUUGAAGAUCAACUGCCUUCUAAAGCUCCAUUGCUAGAUUACAUCUAUAGAGUCUUGCACAGUUGUGUUCAUGGUUCAAGCACUUAUACACAGCAAAGCCAUUACCUUUUAAGCCUCGCAGACCUCUCCAGUGAUACCUAUGAUCCAUUCUUGCCACUAGGGAAUGUCAGGAAUUCUCAACCCAUUCAGUUUCAGGCUUCUGCAGAUUUGAAUAAUUUGCUCACUGUUGCUGAAGAAAGGAGGAGGAGGAGUUUGGAGCUAAUACCUUUGACUGCACGAAUGAUUAUGGCACAUCUAGUAAAUAAUUUGGGCCAUUAUCCCUUGAACGGAGGACCUGCUGUUCUUCACAGUCUCAUUAGUGAGAACCACAACAACUCUUACGUGGAAUCUUCUGAACUAUCUUCUGAAGUCUUCAGAAGCCCAAACUUACAGCUGUUUGUAUUUAAUGAUAGUACUCUCAUAUCAUAUCUUCAGAUUCCUUCAGAAAAAGGGGUAGAUGAUGAACCGGCAGGUACUUUCUCGGAAGUAAGAGUGAUCGUUAGAGAUAUCUCAGGGAAGUACUCAUGGGAUGGAAGUCUGAUACAUGGGCCAUUAGCUAGUUGUCUACCGGAUCAAAAGAAAAGAAAAUCCAUGGCAGUUUUGGACAAUCAUAAGCAGAACUUUGAGUCUCCAAUGAAUUUCAUUCAAACAUAUGAAGGAGAAGAUGCUCUUGAUAAAUUGCUAGAGAGGAUUGGCAAUAGUAGUCCUGAGUGCCUUUUACGUCCACAACUAAAAUUAAAUGAGCCAUCACCAUCACCGUGUGUCAUGAGCCAUGACCAAGAGAAUGAUAUCCUAGAAGCGAUAAUGCAACAGAGUUGUAUAGAAAACGAAUAUACACUUGGAUGCAGUUUGAAUCUUAAUAUGAAAGUUGAGAGUCAGAAGGAACCAAAACCUGCUCAGCAACAAGCACCAUUUCGUUUAUGUAGACUCUUGCUAAACGACUUAGGAAUGAAUUCUUGGGAUAAAAGAAAAAGUUUUCAUCUACUGAAGAAAAAUUCUAAAUUAUUGAGAGAGUUGAAAAAUUUGGACUCUAGGCAGUGCCGUGAAACUCACAAGAUUGCAGUGUUUUACAUAGCUGAAGGCCAAGAAGAUAAAUGUUCAAUAUUGACCAACCCAAAAGGAAGCCAAGCAUAUGAAGAUUUUGUUGCUGGAUUAGGCUGGGAGGUUGAUCUUUCAACUCACUGUGGAUUUAUGGGUGGCCUUCAACGUAAUGGCAGCACGGGACAAACAGCACCAUACUAUGCUACUUCUACUGUGGAAGUAAUUUUCCAUGUGUCCACACGAAUGCCCUCUGAUUCAGAUGAUUCAUUGACCAAAAAGCUUCGUCACUUGGGAAAUGAUGAGGUUCACAUAGUCUGGUCUGAACACACCAGAAAUUAUCGCAGGGGCAUUAUACCAACAGAUUUUGGAGAUGUUUUAAUUAUUAUUUAUCCAAUGAAGAAUCGUAUGUUUUUCAUAGAGAUCAUGAAGAAACCAGAGGUACCAUUUUUUGGUCCUUUGUUUGAUGGAGCAAUUGUGACUGCAAAACUGCUGCCAAAUCUUAUACGGUCCACAUGCAUCAAUGCCAGCAGAGCUGUGAAGUCCCUUAUAACUCUCUAUCAGAGUUUUUAUGAGGAAAGAGCGCUGUAUCUUGAAGCAAUAAUCCAGAACCACAAAGAAGUAAUGACCUUUGAAGAUUUUGCUGCUCAGGUCUUCUCUCCUUCUCCCAGUUACUCCCUUAGUGGAUGUGAUUAAAAUAUGUAAAGAUCUCAUUACAGUAAUUGAGAAAGGCUGCCUCACUACAAGUUUGAGCACUGAUCUUACAGCAGACCAGAUGUCACCAACACUAAGUGCCACAAAAAGCAAGCUCUCUGGGAAGCUGCGACGAUCUGCUAGUGCUAUCAGUAAAUCAUCAAGUUAAAGCACUUUCAAAGUUGAAAACAAGGAGACAUAUUCUACAAAACCUCUUCUUUCAUUAAAUCAUUCACUAUAUCAGUGGAACUGGUAACUUUUGGAGACUGCAUAAUUAAACCUUUUUUGCUAUAAAAUCAUAGUUCCUUAAGUUUCAACUGUUUGUAUUGAUCAUUUGAAUUAUGUAAUAUGCCUUUUACUUGGUAAUUUCUGCUACUGGAUCAAUGAAGUCAAGAGUUCUUUUUGCAAGCUCAUUGUUUAAUUGUGAUAAGUUACUUAUUUUCUUUUUUUACUAUAGCUGCAAUCACACAUUACUGGAAGAUGCAGAAGAAUAACCGAAAACUAACUAGUUUCCCAAUUGUGAGACUUAUAAUUCCAUUAUAAUAUAAAAAUUUGUAGAUGGAAGCCUAUUUUCACAUUACUAAUGGAGAACCCAAGUUAUCCAAACUGAAGCACAUUUAAGCCACUGAUACCAAUGGGGAGAUGAGCAUGUGAUUAACUCUUUCCUGAUGAAAACAGUGGGACUUAAAAGUGUUUAACUUUGGUUGAAUUGUGCCCAGUAUACUAAAAUAUGAAUGAAUUAUGUCUUUCAAUGUUUCCUCAAAUAUCCUAUUUCUUUUCCAGUAUUGAUUUCCAAAGGCCAUUCUUGUCCAAAUAACUAAAGAGCAUUCAAUUGCUACGUAUAUCAGAAAAACACUGAUAGCUGAAUAAAACAGCAAAAGCUAGAUUUCAGUUGUUUGGUUAAAAUGUUAUUUUGUAUUCAAGAAAUACAUUUAUAUGUUAUUAAAUCUUCCUCUAUGUAAGUUAAAAGUGGCACAUGCCAACUUAGAGUUCCUACCAUUUAAUUUCUUUUGUGAUAAAAUUGGACCAAAGUUACUUACUGCCUUACUACAUGAUUAGCCAUGUGGUCUGAUUUUAAUCCUAUCUAGGAUCAAGUCAAUCCAGAACAGCUACACUCACAAAGCUCAAAGAUAAACUGGUUCACACACAGCCCUGAUACCCUAUUUCUUCGAUUCUAAGACGCACUUUUUUUCCAAUAUAAACAUCUCUAAAAAUGGGGUGCGUCUUAGAAUCGUGGGUGUGUCUUAGGGUUUUUUUUUCUGUUGGUGGUACUGAAAUUAGUGUGCGUCUUACAGUCGAUGGCGUCUUUCACAUAUUCUGCAGGACAGAAAAGCCAUCUUCAGGCUCACACACCCUCCCCCACCAUGCUUCACUCUUUCAGUAUGAUCUAAGGAAAUGCUUACGCAAGUACGCCUUGCUUUAAGCAGUUAAAUCCAUCUCAGGUUUAGUAGCAUGUUGAGGAUAUGUGAGAGUGCAGAUGACGCCCACACCUUGCUGCAUGUAUGUACUGUAUAUCAGUAUGAGUUACAUGCCAGUGUAGAUCCAGCUUUAUUUACAUACUUUAUAUGUAACCUGGAACUAUGUGGAUGAAGUCAAUCACACUGAUCGUUCCCACCCAAUUUCAGCCCAGACAUUUGGGUGGCAAGGACCAAUGUGAAUGGCCCCACCUGCAAAGUUCCAGGCUUCCAAAUAUUACCAUAGUGGCUGGAGAGAAUCUUCCAUCACUGCAGUAACAAAUUAAGAUGCCCCUCUGUUCUCAGGCAAUUUUUUUAACAAACUGCUGUCUGUUUGCUAAAGGUUAGAUGUUGCCAUGUAUUGUUAGAUGUGGAUUGCUUGGUUUUCAUUUGCUGUUUUUAUGGCAAUGAAUUUACUUUUGCUGCAGUCAAUUUGGUGUUAAGAAAACUGCACUGUAGACAGUGCAUCCAAUUAUUAUAGCUAAUCUCUUUUUGUA